AUGCGCUCUCCAUCACCGAACGAAAAGUUGUGGGAUAGAUUGCCUAGCGAAAUUCGCCUUCUCGUCCUCCAAAGUUUGACGCAGGAUGGCUCCUCGCUAGCUUGCCUGGCCGCCGUAUCCCGAGCGUGGCAGACUGACGUUGAGCGAUACAACUUUUCUCGCAUCAGAUUAACCCCCUCGCGCCUCAUGGACUUUCGCUCCAUGGUCCAUCGCAAUCAGGGCCUCUGCGCGCCUAGCGGCGGUGUGCUCAGGGCCGACGAGGCGACAGCGGCAGUGACUGUUAGCGACACAGAACACCGUUCUAUUACCACAGCCUUCCAGGUUUUAUUCUCUGUUCUCAGUGGAUGGGAUCAAGACAGCAACUUAAUGCUCGACAUUAGCAUUUACUCGCCCAGUGACGCUCAACAUUGGUUUCCCUACCUAACGUUUAUGCCUGAUAGCCCUUCCAAUAGGCUAGAGGGUAGUGGCCUAGAGCUGACCACAAUAAACCAAAGCUAUCAUGACCCUCCUCACGGUUGGGUUACUGGUUUCAGACAAUCAGCUCCACAUCCGGCAGCGGUCCGUAAAGCUUUCCAUUAUAUUGUCCAAGAGGGACAGUUUGAUGAUGACGAUUCAGAAUUCCAAUGGUGGGAUCAGCUCCCUUCAGUCUCCUCCGUUACUAGUAUACUUCUCCGGCAACAAAGUCGCCGUAGAUGGGAGCCAAGAGAGCUGACCUAUAUGCUGGCCCGUUUCCCCCGACUCCAGGAAAUCCAUUAUGAGCCCUGGAGAGAAUGGGAGGGCUUUUCCCAGCGCACUACAGAUAAUGUAUUUGUGCAACGAUUUCUCGACGGGGAGGAUUUGGCUGGCUGCGACACUUUUCGCAUUCCAUCCCCAGCUGUUGGCCAAAUGAUGGCACUCACGAGCCUCCCGCUAGAGCAUCUCGCCGCUUCCUUUAUCAUAGAUGCUAGUCAUUUCUUCGCCAUCGACUCCUCUUGGGAAUGGCCCAACCUAACCUCGCUGGUAUUGACUUCCCAACUCCUUAAGCCGGAAGAGGAUUCCACCAAGAUAGACGCUCUACUAGAGGCAGCGGCGGUGGCGGCCCUCAGGAUGCCACGGCUAGAAACUCUAGAGAUUUGGAACGGGAAAAGAGGGUUGGCGGCGCUCUUUCAGCAUCGCAGGAUCCGCGAUUCACGGCAUGGUAGGAUUCUUUGGAGGGGCACAUGGAAAUAUCACAUCACAGCCUCUGUCCUUCAGGCUUGGGAAGCCAUCGGAGAUCAACAUACCAGCUGGAGACUCGAUGUGGUCCAGGAACAGGUGGAUGAAGCAGCCAUUCAAUCACAUGGCGGUGCAUUGCACCACCUAAUGCUCUCUGGCCAAGCCAUACGCUCCAUCUCGUUGCAGCAGAUUCGGAGAGAACAAAAGGCUCUAGAGGGCGUGGACAUUCUGUCAUGA